GGACAUAUUGCUGAAAUUACUCCGACCAGAAUAAUAUAAACAUACCAAAACAAAAAAAAAAGGGAAAAUAAAAUUACAACGAAAUAAAAAGUGACAUCGCUUCGGGAACAAUUAUCAUGGCUCUUCAUACGAGAUAUCCUGGAUUAUAUUGUCUAUCGGCUGACAUCAGCAAUGCAAAGCUGGAGUCUGGAGAUUUACGACGAAUCGAAGCCCAUUGGUAUGUAAAUGGUCUGGUAUUGGAACUUUACGAUUAUUCUAACAUCAAUAAAUGGACAUUUGAGCAUUUGGUUGGAGUAAUUCGUCAGUUGGCACCCGAUUCGGUUCAAGUCUGUAUAAAACCAGCCAACAUUCAAUAUCGUAUUUUAGACGUGGUAUUAAAGAGGUCUCAACUUUCAGUGGGGACUCCGGAAUAUUUACGGCUUUUGAACGAAUUCUUUGACAAAACAGACUCCACAUUUGAUUACGAGAAGAUUCAACCGCCGCCAACUUCUAUAAUAUUCCGCUUUGCCGGUAUUUUCACAUUUUCGAGUCGUCUGUGCAAACAAAGUCUCAAUGAGCAAAAUCUUCACCGCAUUGGCGUGGAAAACUUCACCAAUGGCCUGAUUCUCGAGUUAAUCGAUUAUGCAAAUCUAUGCCAAUGGACAAUCGACUAUAUAACUGCUGUGGUCUAUGCGAUAAUCCCAGAAUCCAUUAUUGAUACCCUGAGCGAUGGCACUCUUCAAGGGCGUAUUAUGAAGUUAGCGCACGAUCGUCUGCAUUUUAAAAUGGGGACCGUUGAAUACGAAGCGUUUAUAACAGCAACGUUCGAUGCCGGUCAUUUGUCGCCUUUGCCCGCGGCUGCUCUUCCGUCGACCUGUAUCACCACUCCAACGACAGUCACUUCGACAAUAAUGACUUCAAGAACGUCGAACAGCGUCCAAGUGCAGCCAAGGGAUUCGACAUCGCCAAACUUACCCGAUGUUGUCAACCACGCCAAAGAAAUGGCGAAAACGUCAGCGACUGAAAUCGCUUUGUAUUAAUCCCAAAAUUCUCUUUGAUAUUCAUUAUGUUCUCAUACACAAUUACCUUCUGAUAAUCAAUUUUUAUUUUUACCUUCAAAGCUAUUUAACUGACAGUAAAAGAGAUAGAAAAUGA